AGGUCCCGCUGGGGAGCAGCUGGAGGAAGCAGAUCCCCAGCAGAGCCUCCUCCCGGUGUCCGCGUUGUUCCAGGGACAGGAACAAUUCCCUGGUUAAACCCCUCAGUCACCAGAGCCCUGAGGGCGGACACUUUCAUUCCGUGUCAUUUCACACCUGCUUUGAGAAACCCGAAUUGAUUUUUAUCGCUGGAGGAGCGAUGUGAUCCAACCCCCGCCCCGGGACAUCGGCUCCGCUCCCGGGGGUUUCGCUCCCGGUGGGUCCGAGCCAAGGACGGGUCCAUCCCGGCUCCCCAGCUGAGGCAGGAGGAGAAAAUAUCCCAGCAGGGCUGAGCCAGCAAGAGGCCCCUGCCAUAACCUGGAAGGAAACGCGGUCCAUGAGCCAUAAACUUCCUGUGCGGUUCCGCGGUGCGGAAGGGAGCGAUGGGAUGGAGCGGCAGCGCCGGGCGGGGGUUCUAGCUGCUGCUCAGGCUUCCUUGGAAUGAUGCCGUCACGUACAAAUCUGUCUGCUGGGAUUCCCAGCAGCAAAGUCAAAUAUUCCAAGCUCUCCAGCACUGAUGAUGGAUACAUUGACCUGCAGUUCAAGAAGAGCCCACCAAAAAUCCCCUACAAGGCGAUAGCUCUGGCCAUUGUGCUCUUCAUGAUUGGGACCUUCCUCAUUAUUAUAGGGGCUCUGCUCUUGGCAGGAUACAUUAGCAAAGGGGGGACAGACCGUGCCAUCCCUGUCCUCAUCAUCGGGAUCCUCGUGUUCCUCCCAGGCUUCUACCACCUGCGCAUCGCUUACUACGCUUCCAAAGGCUACCGGGGCUACUCCUAUGAUGAUAUCCCAGAUUUUGAUGAUUGAACACCAUAUAUUUAAUCCCAUUUAUAGUUAGGUUGGUGAUAAGAGCUGGCAUUAGCUACUCUGGACCUCAGGAGGGAGCUUGUUAAGAUUGUAGAGGAAGGAUCUGCUGGUCACAAGAUGCCAGUUCUGGUUUUGAGGUGGAGCAGAUUUUUCAGUUGGGGUUUCUGGGACUUGACCCAGGGAAUUGACCAAAGGGAUUGCAACACGAGGUGGGAAGAACCAUGUGAUUGAUUGUAUUUUUCCUCUUUCUGUUCCAUAAUGUUGCUGGCUUGUAAGAAGUUCUUCUUGAGCAAGGCAUUUCUAGAAGUUUUCUGAAAAAUAGAUGAACCAGUUUGAGUAAUGAAAAUAUUUGGCUUUUUUUUUCUGUUUUCCAGACUUUAUUUUAGUUUUCAGUGAGAUUGUGGUUGUCACCAGGUUUACCUUUGCAGACAAACACUGUAGCUAAAGUUCUCCUUUUGCUCUCUGUCUAUCAGACAUGCUUCUUCAAUCUACUUGUCCUGUGUUUUUCUGGAGCAAAGCAAGUCAGAUGUGGACAAAAAAAGGAAAACUUUACUUGCAUGAAACAAUUUACGUGGAGUGCAUUUGCUCCUCUUGUCAGACUGACCAAGCUUAUUUCCUCAACAAAACAUUCUUCAGAAGCUGUUUCCCACGCCACUGUUACUUUUGGCAAAAUCUGUUUCUCCUUUAAAAGGACAGUUGUUGUAUCUUGCUUUUUAUUUUUAAACAAACUGAAUGGAUACAGAGAGGAGAAUUGGAAUCUGGACCAGGACUCAAGUGUCUAAAUACCAGAAAUCUUAGUUUUGACUGGGGUGGAUAUUAGAGACACUUGCAUUCCAGCUGUCUGUAUGUAUAUUUGUCCCUGUGCAUAGCUCCCUAGCCCAGUAAAAAGAAAAUCUCUGUAUAGUUUGUACUAAGUAAAUCCUGUUUUUAUUGUUUUGCUAGCUGCAGUGAUGUGUUAUUCAGGGAAAGCAGAAUGGAAGCUCUUUUUAGGUACAGUAAAAACUGUUUGCCUCCUGAAGUGAAGAUGAAGACAGUGUCCUGGGAAACAAAUGUGUAACACAUAGUGCUGCAAGUGGAUGUAUUUAUUACAAAUAAACUUCACUAUAUUCUGUGUACAAA